ACCUUUUGAGAUAAUACCGAUAAAAUGCACCAAAAUUUCCCGGAGUGCAAACUGGUCAGAAAUAAACCCAGACAAUCACACGAUAUAGCGCCUUCAAUAUCUUUCGCACACCGCACCGAAAGCUGACCCCUUCCAAAACCACACACAAAAGCACCAUCGCCAAUUGUUCGAAGCCAGAGUAAGCUCUUCGUACAAUAGCCAGAGCAGAGUGCUUCGAUCAUACCAAGUGUCGGGUUGAAAUAUUGUGCAUGCAAGUGCGAUAGUGGCCAGCAAACAUUCAUCUAAAAUCUCCAGCAUAUUGCCGUCCCAUAAAGCAGAGGAAAGAGCUCAAUAGAGCAAUCAUAUGCUGCUAUCCGAUCCUGGUUGCAAGACAAUAACAGCAAGUAUCUGGUCCGAUUCACUGAGCGAAGCGCGAAUACGAACAGGUCCGCUAGAUCGAUACAUCGCAAAGGGUAGCACACGUGCAAGCCAACGUAUCCAGUGCAAUAGAUCCGCAAUACAAGCGACACGACACACGAACGAGAUUCGCCAACAACGAAAAAACAGAAGGCCUUCCAUAGGCCUUUUUAUUUACAGCCUUGCCCUUGACGGCAGACGUAGAUCGCUGGCGAAGACCUCAACCGACGUGGUGCAUGUGUGGUGUGCAUGGCUUGUACGGGUGGUGCAGUGGUCGAUUAAUAUCGGUUCGAUUGUGGCUAGUUCGCAACGCGACAUAAUUGUAGUGCGACGGAAAGUGUGCAACGUAACACAACAACGACGGUAGUGGUGGAAGUGUCGUAUGCCGGUGGCAAGUACUCAGCACGUUCGAGAUAGCCAGAGCAACAUCUCAUGCGACAAAGGCAGGUCGCACAUUUCUGCACAAAGUCGGAGCGACAUCGGCGAUGCACCAAAUGCAACAAGGGGCCCCCAUCGAUACAGACACACAACCAAUAGAAGAAGAAGAGAUUAAUAAAAAUGAUAUCACUCCGGAUAUUUUGAAAGGAGCUACAGUAUUUGUACUAGCAGGUCCACAGGAAAAGUUCACUGAGACUGAAUUUCAGUACUUGAAGGAUUAUAUAUCUGAGGGUGGCCGAUUACUACUUUUGCUAGGCGAGGGAGGUGAGGUGAACUUCAAUACCAAUGUAAAUUUUCUCCUCGAAGACUAUGGCAUGACAAUCAAUAGCGACGCCGUUGUACGACCACAGUACUAUAAAUAUUUCCACCCGAAAGAGGCCCUCAUUAGCGGGGGUAUUGCCAGCGAUAGCAUGAAUAACUCCCUACUGGAAUUCAGCAAAAGUAUCCUAACGGCGUUCGAUUUCAUGGAUGAUAAAUACAAAGUAGAGUUCGUGUACCCCUUCGGCGCUACCAUGAACGUCAUUCAUCCUUCGAAUGUCCUUCUGACCACCGGACCUGUAGUUUACCCCUUCAAUCGCCCAUUAGCCGGAUACUACCAGAACGAAACUAACGGAAAACUAAUAGCCAUCGGGUCCGGCCAUAUGUUCCAGGACAAGUACAUUUCGAACGAAAUCAAUACGGCCAUUUGGGAUGGAAUCUUUGCUCUGAUCCUUGAAGAUAACUUCAAAUUCAAAUCAUCGGAUUUUAACGAUCUUGAGAUUAAUGACUACGCGAUCAUCCCCGAUACAAUCUAUCUGGCCGAGCAGCCGAAGAUCUGCCUAAUGGACUCGCUCGACUACGACAUUCCGGCCGACUUCAAGAAGCUAUUCGAUAUGGGCCUGUACUCGAUCAACAACGAUUUGCUGCGCGAUGUUAUCAAUACCUACGAGAAGUUGGACGUGCAAUAUGAACCACUCAAGAUCAUCAAGCCGCAGUUCGAGAUCCCAUUACCGCCGCUGCAGCUUGCGGUUUUUCAGCCGAUAUUUAGCGAUCUGUCGGCGCCACCGUUGGAGCUGUUUGAUCUGGAUGAAGCGUUCAGCUCGGAGAAAGCCCAGAUCACGCAGCUCACCAAUAAGUGCCUAUCGCCGGCCCUGGAGAGUAAUAAUCGGAGAACACUCGAUGAGAAAGAGCUGGGCUACUUCAUACAGGAGUGUGGGCGAAUUUUGAAAGUUUGUCAGGAUGAUCAACGUAUGACGGCCAAAGAGAUUUUAAACACCAUCAGUUUGAAAGUGGCUCACUAUAAGAAGCUAGAUAAAGAAUAAGUUUUUUCAAUAAAUACAAAUACGAA